ACUGUAUAAACAAACGUAGCGGCAUGACGACGUAAAAAUUGUCAUUACACAAAGAUGGCCGAACAGGAAAGUAGUGCACCGCCGUUAGAAUCAUUACAAUCAGAAAAUUUAUUCAAAAGUCUUAUUUUAGAAAUAGUGAGUAGUCCAUUAAAUCUUAUUUUAGUGGCAAUUAUAUCAAUUUUGGUGUAUAAAAUUAUUAAAAGUCACCAAUAUGUGCCUGCCGUUCCACCUCCGGAACCUACUUUACCAAAAAUUAGAAAAGAUUUUACAAUAGAAGAACUUAAAAAAUACGAUGGUACGCAACCUGAUGGUCGAGUUUUACUUGCAGUAAAUGGUAAUGUUUACGAUGUUACCAAAGGCAAACGAUUUUAUGGACCUGGUGGUCCUUAUGCGUCCUUCGGUGGAAGAGAUGCAUCCAGAGGGUUAGCAACAUUUCAAGUUAGUGGUAAAGAUGAGUACGAUGAUUUAAGUGACUUAAAUACUGUGGAAAUGGAAUCUGUUCGAGAAUGGGAAGCUCAAAUGAAAGAAAAAUACGAUUUAGUUGGACGUUUAUUGCGACCCGGAGAAGAACCAACAAACUAUUCAGAAGAAGAAGACGAAGAAAAAGAUAAAAAUGCGUCAGGUGACAAACCAAAAGAAGAAUAAAAAUAAGUGAAAAAUAAGCAAAACACCAAUAUCAUAAGUCUGAUUUCCUUAGUAUGGCCAAGAGCAUAUUUUAAAAAGAAUCGAAAUUUAAAAAUUUAUUUUUUUAUUAUUGUUUAUUGUGAAUUCGUUUAAACGACAUCAUUUUUAAUACAUUAAUGCAGCAUUAUUAUCAAUCAGAAUGGCAAUUACCAAAAAAUUUAUGGAAUACAAUACAUAGAAAAAUCUUUGAUAAAUAUUUUUUAAAAUUUAUCGUAAUAAAUUAUUUUAUGUAGUCAUUGAAUUGAUUGUUCGAUUGAUUGCUGUUACCCGUCCCAUCUUUGUAAAAAAGAUUCAAAGCAUUUUGUUAUAAAAAUAUUUUAUUCUUUAUUAAAAAAGUUACUUUAUACAACUUUAUUGUAUUACAACUUUAUUUGUUAAUUUAAUUAUUAUAUCAUUUUUAAAAUAAAGCAUUCUAAUUCUUAAAUGCUUUUAAAAUGUUGUCUACAUCAUUUACUUUAUUAUGAAAUAAUCAAGUAAUAGUUAUAACUACGCCAAAGAGCAAUACCACUCGAAACAGUAGUUGAACUAAUAAUUAUUAAUAUUUCAAUAACAACGCCCGAGUGGCAAAAUUACAAAUUUAAGUGGUCGUUUGGACUAAAAUACUUAACGUAUUUUUAAUAAUGUUUAUAGGCUUGGCGUAGUAGUAAUAUUAAAAAAAAAAAAAAAUUACAAGUUUAUUUUUAUAUUUGUUUUAGAAAAGGUGUGCAUGUUAGAACAAAUUUAGGUAAUCAUUUCAUUUGUUGUUCCUUAAAUAUGAAUUUUACAAUCUAAUUGGCAAUCUAUUUUCAAAUCGGCUUUUAUUUUAAAUUAAGCUCUGUCGCGCAUGUGUUGAGUUAAACAUAGGAUGCUAAUUUUGUAGCUUUGAUACAUAUAGCAGCAUUCAACGCUGUACAGCGUCGUCUUUGGAUACAACGAAAAUAACGUGCUAUUCAAAAUGAAAUAUACAAAAAUAAUGUAAAAUUAUUACCACAUUCAGUAAAAAGUGAUCAAGUUAGCAUCGACAUCGAUCUUUAUACUUGUGGCAGUAUAAACUAAACGUAUCACGUUAAAUGACUGUAUAAUUAAUUGCAACAUACGCAACUUUCAUUAGAUUUUCAAAAAAUUUAAUUUUGAUUUAUAUACAAGUAUGUAGUCUUUUUAUUGUGAAAUAUAAUACCUCAUUUUUAAUAAUAGUAUAAUUUUUCGCAUAUGGCGUGAUCAUAAAUAUUGAAUUUCUCCAAUAUCUCGUAAUUAUAUCAGAACUCUCAGGGAACCCUCUGUCAUUUACCAGUUAUUGUUGCAAAUUAUUAUUAUUUUUUUUUUUUUGUAAUUGCUUAUGUAUUACAUCUCGUCUAUUGUUUAUGUAUUACACAGAAGGCUUGAGCAACAUUACAAAAU